UCAAACAAAUGAAGGUUUGCUAUUGAGUAUCAUGUUUAACAUGUUUUGGUGAAUGUAUAUUAUUGUAUAUUAAGAUAUAUAUAUAUUGACAACAGGUGAUUAUUUGUAUAACCAGUCAUCUGGUUUUUACAUUACAUCUUGGUUAAAAAUGGAUAACCAGACAUUCAGAUCCAGCACACUAUUAAUGGAGGGACUACAAGUCGCAAAUCAAUACAGACAACUUGCAUUCAUCUUCGUUUUGAUUGCUUAUAUAUUUAUUAUGAUCUUUAACAUAGGACUUUUGAUUCAGAUUUCAUCAGAAAAAAGUUUACACCAGCCUAUGUACAUUCUCCUCUGCAACUUGCCACUGAAUGAUGUUUUUGGGACCACGCUUCUUUUGCCUCGAUUAUUGAGGAACAUUUUAUUAGAACCUUCUGAGCGCUACAUAACCUAUGUGGAGUGUGUCAUUCAGGCUUUUUUUGGACAUUUAUAUGGAACAACAUGUCACACUAUUCUAAUGAUCAUGGCCUUUGACAGAUAUGUGGCGAUAUGCAAUCCAUUGCGAUACCCAGCUGUAAUGACUAGUAAUAUGGUGGUCCAUCUGUCGGCAGCAGCCUGGGGUGUUGCAGUCGUGCUGGUGGGAAUACUGAUCGGCCUUACUGUGCGUCUGUCCUUCUGCAGAUCUGUGAUUGAAAAUCCAUUUUGUGACAACGCUUCACUGUUUAAACUCUCCUGUGAAAGUACAGCGAUUAAUAAUAUUUAUGGAUUAUCUUUUACAGUAGUUUUACUCACAUCCUCUUUGGGAAGUAUUGCAUUAACAUAUCUUAGAAUAGCAAUAGUAUGUUUCAAAAGCAAAAACAAAGCAACCAACAGCAAAGCCAUCAAAACCUGCAGCACUCACCUGGCUGUUUAUUUAAUCAUGAUGGUUUCUGGACUCACCACCAUUACUCUUCAUCGUUUCCCUGAAUUGUCUGACAGUAGAAAGCUAUCAAGCAUAAUAAAGCAUAUUGUUCCUCCAUGCUUGAAUCCCAUAAUAUAUGGUUUGCAGGUCAAGGAAAUAAGACAGAGAUUAUUUAAACUGAUUUCCAAAAGUAAAGUGAACUUCAUGUGACCUUUUACUUUUUUAUGUAUAUUUCAAAUUCACUGAUUUAGAAAGGAAACCAAAGAAUCAAUGAUAUUGAACAUGACAUUUUACUUCAGUACUAAUCAUAGCAUUUAAACAGAAAUAUACAUUGGUUUACAUUCCUUGAUAUACAUUCCUUUAUUCAUAAACAUAAUUUGUGUGAAUAUAACAGUAAACCAAUGGAGUCAUCAGCAAAUUGCCUUUUGAUAAACAGUGGAACUAUGGAAUAUAUGUGUGACAUAUAAAAUCACUGUUUUUAUAUACAGUAUAAUUAACGGAUUAAUUAAAAAGGUUAUACUACAUCUACUGAGUGAUAGAUGCAGUAUAACCUCAGGUAGUCUAAUGGUAAAUAAAAUUAAGCAGCAAACAAA